AUGGAACAAACAGCUAAGUAUGCUGAUACAGCUCUUAAAGCUAUUGAAGAAAUUUCUGAAGAGCUCCAUGAUAUAAGCAUAAAGAUACAUGAAAAUCCAGAAUUAGCUUACGAAGAAAGAGAAGCACAUAAUUUAUUGGUUAAAUAUUUACAAGAAAAAGGGUUUAAAGUAACACCUCAUGCUUUUGGAUUAGAAACCGCAUUUGUAGCAGAGUUUCAAUCUAAGGCUGGAAAAGGUCGUGUUGUUUCAUUUAAUUCAGAAUAUGAUGCUUUACCGGAUAUUGGUCAUGCUUGUGGUCAUAAUCUUAUCGCAAUUAGUGGAGUUGCCGCUGCGAUUGGUUUCAAAGCAGUUCUUGAGAAAUUUGACAUUAAAGGAACUGUAAAGUUAUUUGGAACCCCAGCAGAAGAAAAGGGCAGCGGAAAGAUCGAUUUAAUUAAUGCCGGUGCAUAUGACGGAAUUGCAGAAGUUGAAUAUUUUGGAAAAGCUGCUCAUGCUUCGGGAAUUAAUGCAUUGGAUGCAAUAGUUUUGGCUUAUAAUAAUAUUGGAUUGUUGAGACAACAAAUUCAAUCUACAGACAGAAUUCAUGGAAUAAUUACUAAUGGAGGAAAAUCAGCUAACGUUAUUCCGGAUUAUACAUCUGGUACUUUCUUUAUUCGUGGAAAGUCAAUCGAAGAUUUGAAAGCGCUUCACCCACGUGUGCACAAAUGUUUUGAAGCAGCCGCAGAUGCGACCGGGGCAACAGUAAAAAUUACGUGGUCAAAAGAAGUUUAUGAUUUGAAUAUAAAUGAACCUCUUGCAUCACGAUACGAAUAUUAUCUUUCAAAAAAAUAUGGUAUCACUUGUCCACCCAAAGAAGUUCAAGCCAGCUUUUCUACCGGAUCAUCUGAUCAAGGAAAUGUAACUUACUUAGUACCUGGAUUUCAUCCAUUAUAUGACAUUCGUACAUCUAUUCCUACUGUUAAUCAUCAACGAGAAUUUACAGCAGAAUGCAAAUCAAAAAGUGCUCAUGAAGAAACUAUAAAAUGUACUAGUUGUAUGACUUUAGUUGGAUUAGACUUUUUGCUUGAUGAUGAAUUUGCUAAGCAAGUCAAAGAUACUUUUAACAAAUCUAAAUUAUAA